GCUCCCCCGCCCGCCACCUUCCUCCCGCUCCCCCGCCCGCCGCCCUCCCGGCCCGGCUGCCGCAGGUCGUGGGAGGCCUUUCUGACGAGAAGGCGCCGGCCCGGUGUGCAUCCCCGGGGUGGCGGGCUCGGCCCGACCGCGAGCUGCCACGGCCCCGGGGGGACGCCCGCGGGGGGCUCGGGAGCGGGUCCCCCCGCGGUGACACGGGGGCCGAGACCGUGCGGGGCUCGUGUCCAGGUGCACCGUCUUCCGGCCCCGGGCUCGGUGGCCCAGCGUCACCCUCCCCUGAGGCUCGGGACCCAGGCGGGCGGGCGCUCCGGAUUUCGGAAGAGAAAGAGGUCGUGUCUGGAAAGGAAGGCCGUUGCGUCCGUUCCAUUUUGCCGCUGCGGCGUUUGGGAAGAGAGGAGGAGAGGCUAGGUGUAAGCUUAGCGGCGUUGUCAGUGCUCUUACUGCAGUUGCUGAAGUUCACGGGCAUGGGAACCGGGCUGCAGCGCCCGCGAGUUUCCGCUGGAGAGGUGUCGCUGGAGAACAGUCCAGGUGUGCACGUUUGUAGUUGCCUAGUGGCUGCUAGAGUUCUCGUUAGUGGCUGAUGGUGUCUGGAAGGAGGUCUUAAAGGCCUCGCACCCUGAUCGGGCCUUAUUUUGGUCAGUGUUAAUUUUUUUCUCGUUAAUAUGAUUUAUGCAAAAAAAUAAAGUGCAGUGUCCUGCAGUUCUUAGUCACUUGCAAAAGGCUUAGGGUAGAGAAAGAAUGUGAAGUUUACAUUGCAAUACGGCUGCGACCUCUUCUUCCCCCAGUCUUUCCCGUCUGACCAAAUGGCAUCACCGUUCACCUGCUUUUUCAGGCCCCAAACUGAAAAAUAAUUCUUUCCCUUCCUCCCCAAGGCGUUUCAUAAUUUUGUAGCUUCGCCCUCAGAGGCGUGUUUUCAGUCGGCCCUACUCCCUCCCUCUCCAGUGUGACUGCGAGGCGGGCCUCUGUGGGAGCCUUCUGACUGGUCUCUGCUGGUCUCCAUCACCUGUCAGCCUGAGGCAUCUCUUUCAAAUUCCUUUGUUCCUGGACGAGGCCACGUUUGUUUCUGCCUCAGGGCCUUUGCUGCUCCCUAUUCUGAGAAGCCACCCCUUGCUCAUUCUGGGCUUCAGCUUCCCGAGAGAGGCCUCCUUCCUCAGACCCUUCUGAAAGUUGCUUUCCCUGCCUUAGACCAGUCAUUCUCUACCACAGUGGUUCUCAGAGUUGGUUCAUGGACCCCUGGGAGUUCUGGAGACAGUUUCAGGCAUCUGCAAGAUGGAGUUUUAACAUUGAAUGCGGAGAACACUAAUUAUGCCUGUCAAGUUCCGAGCUUCCAUAAAUGUGAAAUCUGUCUGCUAUCUUUUCCAAAAGAGUCCCAGUUUCAACGCCACAUGAGGGAUCACGAGCGAAAUGACAAGCCACAUCGAUGUGACCAGUGCCCCCAAACCUUUAAUGUUGAGUUCAACUUGACACUUCACAAAUGUACCCACAAUGGGGAGGAUCCUACCUGUCCCGUGUGUAACAAGAAAUUCUCCAGAGUGGCUAGUCUCAAAGCACAUGUUAUGCUGCAUGAAAAGGAAGAGAACCUCAUCUGCUCUGAGUGUGGGGAUGAGUUCACCCUGCAGAGCCAGCUGGCCAUCCACAUGGAGGAGCACCGCCAGGAGCUGGCUGCGAGCCGGACUCACGCCUGCAAGGCCUGCAGGAAGGAGUUCGAGACGUCAUCACAGCUGAGGGAGCACAUGAAGACGCAUUAUAAAAUUAGGGUGUCAAGUACAAGGUCUUAUAAUCGGAACAUUGACAGGAGUGGAUUCACGUAUUCAUGCCCACACUGUGGAAAGACGUUCCAAAAGCCAAGUCAGUUAACUCGGCAUAUUAGGAUACACACAGGUGAAAGACCAUUUAAAUGUAGCGAAUGUGGAAAAGCUUUUAACCAGAAGGGGGCGCUGCAAACUCACAUGAUUAAGCAUACAGGUGAAAAACCCCACGCCUGUGCCUUUUGUCCUGCCGCUUUUUCUCAGAAAGGGAAUCUCCAGUCACACGUGCAGAGAGUUCACUCAGAGGUCAAGAACGGCCCUACCUAUAAUUGUACAGAAUGUAGUUGUGUAUUUAAAAGUUUAGGUAGCCUGAACACUCAUAUCAGCAAGAUGCAUAUGGGUGGGCCACAGAAUUCAACAAGUGCUGCAGAGACUGCUCACGUUUUAACGGCCACGCUGUUUCAGACCUUACCUCUUCAGCAGGCGGAAGCCCAGGUCACGUCUGCUCCGAGUCAGCAGAGUUCCCAGGCGGUGGCCGAUGUCAUCCAGCAGCUGCUGGAGCUGUCGGAGCCGGGGCCUGCGGGGUGCAGCCAGCCGCCUCAGGCCGGCCAGCAGCUGAGCAUCACGGUGGGGGUCAGCCAGGACAUCCUACAGCAAGCCUUAGAAAACAGUGGGCUGUCUUCAAUUCCAGUUGCAGCGCAUCCCAGCGACCCCAGCCACGCCAAGGCCGCGGCCGCUCAGGGCCAGACUCCAGACACUCCCAGCGUUUCAAGGGAGCCAGCUGACCCUACGGCCGCAGAGCGGGAAGAAGAACAGGAGAGCCCAGAGAAGUUGGAUAAAAAAGAAAAAAAGAUUAUAAAGAAGAAAUCUCCGUUUCUACCUGGGUCGAUCCGCGAGGAGAACGGUGUGCGAUGGCACGUGUGUCCCUACUGCACCAAGGAGUUCCGCAAGCCCAGCGACCUGGUGCGCCACAUCCGCAUCCACACCCAUGAGAAGCCCUUCAAGUGCCCGCAGUGCUUCCGGGCUUUCGCCGUGAAGAGCACGCUGACAGCCCACGUCAAAACGCACUCGGGCGUCAAGGCGUUCAAGUGCCAGUGCUGCAUGAAGAGCUUCUCCACCUCGGGGAGCCUCAAGGUGCACGUUCGCCUGCACACAGGAGUCAGACCUUUUGCUUGUCCUCACUGUGACAAGAAAUUUCGAACCUCAGGCCACAGGAAGACUCACAUUGCUUCUCACUUUAAACACACGGAGUUAAGAAAGAUGAGGCACCAGCGUAAACCUGCAAAAGUUCGUGUUGGCAAGGCGAACGUUCCGGUCCCCGAUAUUCCUUUGCAGGAGCCGAUCCUCAUAACAGACGUAGGUCUUAUCCAGCCCAUUCCAAGAAACCAGCUUUUUCAAAGUUAUUUUAAUAAUAAUUUUGUAAAUGAAGCAGAUAGACCGUACAAGUGUUUUUACUGUCAUCGUGCCUAUAAAAAAUCUUGCCAUCUUAAACAACACAUCAGAUCACAUACAGGUGAAAAGCCUUUUAAAUGUUCUCAGUGUGGAAGAGGCUUUGUUUCUGCAGGAGUGCUCAAAGCACACGUCCGAACGCACACUGGACUUAAAUCUUUCAAGUGUCUGAUAUGUAAUGGAGCUUUCACUACUGGUGGUAGCUUACGGCGACAUAUGGGCAUCCAUAACGACCUUCGUCCCUAUAUGUGUCCCUAUUGCCAGAAAACAUUUAAGACCUCACUAAAUUGCAAAAAGCACAUGAAAACCCAUAGAUUUGAGCUUGCCCAGCAGCUCCGGCAGCACCAGCAGGCCUGCCCGAUAGAUGACGGCGCUGUGGACCAGCAGGGCAUGCACGUGCCCACCCAGGUGCAGGUGGAGAUUGAGAACGCCGCACUGCAGCCGACCGCUGAGGCCGUGGCCGACAACCCCGGGGCCGUGCUGGACCUGGGGCCGCCCGCCGGCGUGGAGACGGGGCUCGGCCAGCAGAUGGCGGGGCAGCCUUUGGAAGCAGAUGAAGACAGGCUUGUGGUCCCGCAGCACACUCUGGAAGGGCACGUGGGCCAGUACGAGGAGCAGGCUCCCCCGCCGCAGCCCUUCGAGCCAGCGGGUCUGUCACAGGGUUUUACAGUGACUGAUACAUACAAUCAACAGACUCAGUUUCCACCGGUCCAACAGUUACAAGAUUCCAGCACACUGGAGUCUCAAGCCCUGUCCACGAGCUUCCAUCAGCAGAACUUACUUCCGGUUCCUAGCUCUGAUACGAUUAAUGUAACAAGUCGUUUGGUUCAGGAGUCACCCCAGCAGGAGCUGGGGCUGCAGGCGCCACGUCCCCCGUUCCUGGACGACAGCGAGGAGCAGAGCCGGCGCUCCUACAGGUACGCGUGCUCCUCCGGGUGCGCGCGCUCUUCCGGAUGUGACUAUUGCAACAAAGGCUUUAAGAAGUCCAGCCACUUGAAGCAGCACGUGCGGUCACACACCGGGGAGAAGCCCUACAAGUGCAAGCUCUGUGGACGUGGCUUCGUUUCCUCUGGGGUCCUCAAGUCCCACGAGAAGACACACACAGGAGAAAAGGCGUUCAGCUGCAGCGUCUGCAACGCUUCCUUCACAACCAACGGCAGCCUCACCAGGCACACGGCCACGCACAUGAGCAUGAAGCCCUACAAGUGUCCGUUUUGCGAGCAGGGCUUCCGAACCACAGUCCAUUGUAAAAAGCACAUGAAGAGGCACCAGACAGUCCCCUCGGCUGGGUCAGCACCGGGAGAGGCAGAAGGAGGAGAGAUGGGUCUGGAGGAAGAGGAAGACAGUUCUGAAAGAAACGUGUGUAGAAAGGCUCGUCCCGAGGUCAUCACCUUCACAGAGGAGGAGACGGCGCAGCUGGCCAAGAUUGGGCCGCAGGAGAGCGCCACCGUCUCAGAGCAGGUGCUGGUGCAGUCGGCCGCCGAGAAGGACCGCGUCAGCGAGAUGAAGGACAGGCAGGCGGAGCUGGAGGCCGAGCCCAAGCACGCCAACUGCUGCUCCUACUGCCCCAAGAGUUUCAAGAAGCCCAGCGACCUGGUCAGGCAUGUUCGAAUCCACACUGGAGAAAAGCCAUAUAAAUGCGAUGAAUGUGGGAAGAGUUUCACUGUUAAAUCUACCCUGGACUGCCACGUGAAGACUCACACAGGUCAGAAGCUCUUCAGCUGCCACGUCUGCAGCAACGCCUUCUCCACCAAGGGGAGCCUGAAGGUCCACAUGCGUUUGCACACCGGAGCAAAGCCGUUCAAGUGUCCCCACUGUGAGCUGCGUUUCCGCACGUCCGGGCGGAGGAAGACUCACAUGCAGUUUCACUACAAACCGGACCCUAAGAAAGCCAGGAAGCCUGGGCCCCGGGGGCCGCCGGAAGGGCCGCAGCCCGUGAGCGCGCCCCCUCCGCCCUCCUCCGACCCCAGCGUGUUCAUCAUGAACAGCCCCGUGCUGGCGGGGCAGCUGGACCAGAGUCUGCUGCAGCAGGGCCUGCUGGGCCAGGCCGUCCUUCCCGCCUCCGUGUCCGCUGGCGGCGACUGGACAGUGUCUCUGACAGACGGAAGCCUGGCCACCCUCGAGGGCAUACAGUUACAGUUGGCUGCUAACCUGGUUGCACCCAGUGUUCAAAUCUCUGGGAUCGACGCUUCCAGCAUUAAUAAUAUCACGCUACAGAUUGACCCAAGCGUCCUGCAACAGACGCUACAGCAGGGUAACCUGCUUGCUCCACAGCCGACCGUGGAGCCCGGCCUGGCCCCGCAGCACAGCUCCCUUCAGACACCAGACAGUACAGUCCCGGCCAGCGUGGUCCUCCAGCCCAUCUCAGGCCUGUCCUUGCAGCCCACGGUGACGUCUGCCAACCUGACCAUAGGCCCGCUCUCGGAGCAGGAUUCCGUGCUGACCACCAGCAGCAGUGGGACGCAAGACCUCUCUCAGGUGAUGACAUCACAAGGCCUGGUGUCCACCUCCAGUGGCCCCCAUGAGAUCACCCUGACCAUUAACAACUCGAGCCUGAGCCAGGUGCUGGCGCAGGCUGCCGGGCCCACCGCUGCGUCGUCCUCGGGGUCGCCGCAGGAAAUCACCCUGACCAUCUCCGGUCAAGAUCUUAUUCAGCACAGUUCUAAUGGAAGUAGUGAACUGAACGGAAGCAUAAGAUUGUCAGCACCUGCAAUCAAUAAUCAAUCUACGGGUGCCACCUUGACCAUAAGCAAUGAUCAGCUUCUCUCACAGAGUGCAACAUUAAACGCUUCAGAACUUAAUGCCACAGCUGGAAGCCUGCCUUUGACAACACCCAUGUCCCCAUCUGCCACAUCUGCCCAGAACCUGGUCAUGUCCUCAUCGGGAGUGGGGGCAGAGGCCAGCGUCACGCUGACCCUGGCUGACACUCAGGGUUUGCUCUCCGGGGGGCUGGACACGGUCACGCUCAACAUCGCUUCUCAGGGUCAGCAGUUCCCAGCCUUGCUCACGGACCCCGCUCUCUCGGGCCCUGGGGGUGCGGGCUCGCCCCAGGUCAUCCUGGUGAGCCCCACUCCACAGCCGUCGGCAGCCUGUGAAGAAAUCGCCUAUCAGGUGACGGACGUGUCUCCUAACCUGGCCCAGGGUGGGCAGCCCGAGAAGGAGGGCCGGCUGCACCAGUGCCUGGAGUGUGGCCGCACCUUCGCCUCGGCCGCCCUGCUGCUGCACCACAGCAAGGAGAUGCACGGCCGGGAGCGCAUCCACGUCUGCCCCGUGUGCAGGAAGGCCUUCAAGCGCGCCACGCACCUCAAGGAGCACAUGCAGACGCAUCAAGCCGGUCCUUCCUUGAGCUCUCAGAAGCCGAGGGUGUUCCAGUGUGACACUUGUGAGAAGGCCUUUGCCAAACCAAGCCAGCUGGAGCGACACAGCCGCAUCCACACAGGGGAGCGGCCAUUCCACUGCACCCUCUGCGAGAAGGCCUUCAACCAGAAGAGCGCGCUGCAGGUGCACAUGAAGAAGCACACGGGGGAGCGGCCCUACCGGUGCAACUACUGCGUCAUGGGCUUCACGCAGAAGAGCAACAUGAAGCUGCACAUGAAGCGGGCCCACAGCUACGCGGGAACCUUGCAGGAACCCGCCGUCCCCCAGGAGCACGGAGGGGAGGUGCUGAGCCGUGCGCUCCACCUGGAGGAGGUGGAGCCGGAACCCGCGAGCGAGUGGCAGACCCUGGCCAACGUGUUCUGACACAGCCCGGCCCCGAGAACGUUUCCAGAGUGAAGUGUGGAGAAGAACAAAGCACUUGGGAUUUCUGUUUUGAAGCCUCAAGUGUUAAAAAUGUUACCACAAUAGCUAUAAAAUUAUCUAAAGAAUCAUUGGCUUUCAGAGACUUCAGGAAGAAAGCUGGGAAAGGUGGAAGCACGUUGCUGUUGUUCUGCAAAUCACUGAACUCAGGUACUACGUCAGCAGUCUCGCCUACUCCGUGGCCAGUGCGUCUAGUUAAAAAGAAAUUAACUGGAUCGGACUCUCAUUGUAGUGUGAUUUCUUUGUAUUAGCAAAGACAGAAGUUAACGUGGAAAAACCCAGAUAGGUUUUCCUUCAUGCUUUCUGUUAUAAGAAGCAUAGCUCAUGAAACAAACAUAAGAUAGGUGCAUGAAGUUCGGAAAAAACGUUACAACACGCAGGGAGGUUUUUUCCAUCUUUUUCUCUGUGAAUUUUGAAAUUAGUAGAAAUUGACUCUAAUUUUUAGUCUACCAUAAGUUAAUAUAACUAAUACCUUGAGAGAUGGCCGGACCAGUUCUCUCUCCAUUACAAAUAUCUAAUCGUUAGUGACAAGAAUGCAGUGUCUGGGGCGUACACCCGGGGAGUAGAGCAAGCCUGACACACACGUGAGGAUCCAGCUGUCCGCGCGGGAUGAUGCCACUCGCGCUGCCCGAGUCGAUACUCGGGUACAUGGGUCGGGCUACCGCAGAAAGCACAAGCCAUGCACUGCAGGUCCGAAAUCACAGAAUGGUCUCCUGGGAACAAAGGGACUGCAGCCCUGUCCGCCUCAGUGAUUAAGAAGUGUAUUUGUACUUUGAGGGUAAGAACCUGUAUGAGCCCCGUGGUUUUCUCUUCGUGCAUAAGCAGGUGUAUUUUUUAUUUCAGGGAAUUCUUUAGUAUCAUCAAUGGUGCCACGUUGAACAUGUCCCAAACCAAAUCCUACCCCGCGCUGCCCGCGCUGGGGCAGAGUGUGUGUCGUUCCCACAGCAUUCCAAAGAUGGAAACUUCUUUACUUCAUGUGAAUCUCUCCUUUGAAAUUAUUUAUAUGUUCUAUAUAUAAAUACAUAUGUACAUAUACAGAUAUAGGGGCCUCUGUGUGGCCGAACAGUAUAUUUUGUAAAUAAGCACUAGUCCCAGUUACAGAGAGAGCGACAGAGUUUUUACCUCCCAGCGAGCACUUCAGACCAGUAUUGUAUUCAUUUUAUUAAUAAAUGGAUAUCCUUGUCAUUGUGACAUAAAGCUGGGGUUGGUUUUUUGUUUUUGUUUUUCCUGAAAAAUAAUCGCCUUUAUUUUCUCUCUCAUUGCCUCGCUGGUUUCAGAAGAGAGCAGUUUUAUGAUAUAAAUAUUGUAUGGACUUUGUACAUUAAGAGAGGAGCUCAUUUCAGAUUCCUGAAGAAAGAGACAUUUUACUGUUAUUUUUUGAAGGGGCGUCUUUUGAUUUUUUGCCGUCCACGCUUCUGGCGUGUGUAUAUAAGUAACAUCGAUAGUGAUAUAAAACCUUUUGUUAUGUGAAAAUAUUUAAGUCAGAAAACUGUUAAAUAAUAUUACUUUUUUUUUUCAAACUGCUUUAUGUAUUGUAUAUUUUUUUAAGGGAGAAAAAAAAAAAAAGCCUUAUUUGACUUAUUCUUGUGAUGCUGGACUUGUAUACCCUGAGGUUUUUCUUGGAUGUCAGUGUGUAUACCUGGCUGCAGUCUGUUAUUCAGAAUAAUUGUCAUUGCGCCAGAGUUAAAGGUUCUGCUUUUAUUGCACUUUUCUUUUAUAAUUUUGUAUUAAACUAUUUUAGAAAUGUUGAUUAAUUUUGGUGAACAAAUAUCUCCGAAGUUGAAAUGAUUGAAAUCUUAAAAAUUUUGUUUUUGCUAGGUUAUUUAUUUUGGUUUCAGCAUUAAAUGUCAUCUCAGGUCAGUCUCUAAAAGGGGUUUGUUUAAUUCCUAAUUGUAUAGAAAGCGUAGUUCAGUGAAUUGUAUUGGUGCACUGCC